UCCGCGAACACGUCCGUUUAUCUGGAUCCCCUACGUGUCUUGCCCUAUAUAUGAGUUGUUGACCCAUCUCACAUCUGCGUGUGUUCUCUCUCCAUCAUCUUCCUACGCCGACCAAUCGCUACUUCCUUGCAUGAUCACCAAGCUCCUCAACAGCGUUAAGAAGCCCAUGGCCUCCAUUCCUGGCUCAGACAUUGCUAUCCACCCCACGACUCUGAAGUCUCCCACAGAAGUCGUAUACGUAGAAUACGAACCUGGCCAACCACUACCGCCCAAGCCCGGCGACGACUGGACACGCUUCGUCUGCAUAAGCGACACACAUAACCGCAGCUUCCCGGUCCCAGACGGAGAUGUGCUACUUCAUAGUGGCGACCUCACCGAUCUGGGCCGCUUGAGCGACUUCAAGCUCACCAUGAACUGGCUGUAUAGCUUGACGCAUAAGACCAAGAUCAUCAUUGCUGGCAACCACGAUCUCGCUCUGCACAAGGAUUGGUAUGAGACGCACUACACGCGCUUCCAUGGCAAAAGCAAUAAACAAGACUACGACGCCAUCCACGACCUCCUUACCGGCUCCAAGGCCCGCAAAACCGGCAUUGUAUACCUCGAGGACGAAUCAUACACCUUCCGAACUAAGGAGGGCGGUCGAGAAUGGAGUGUAUAUGGGUCACCGUGGUCUCCCUGGUUCCACAACUGGGCUUUCAACUACACGGCGGAGGAGGCGGAAGCCCUCGUCGCGAAGUUCCCCAAAACUGACAUCCUCCUCACGCAUGGCCCGCCGUAUCACAUUUUCGACCGCACGAACACGAAUGAUCUGCCGGGCUGCCCCGCCCUCCGCCGCCGCCUACCCUCCCUCCGGCCACGGAUACACCUCUUCGGACACAUCCACGAGGACCAUGGGGCGAGGAUUCACGGCUGGAAGGAGGACCCUUCCUCAUCCUCAGAUCCAAGCUUCGCCGACCUCCCACCCAUGCACGCCCUCAGCCUGCUCGAGCUCGAGGCCGAGCGCGAGAUGCUUGAGGACGAAUCCGAGCACGAACUACCUGAGGACGAGUCCGACCCCGAACGCCGCUCGCAGUACGACCCCGGUCACCCACCACCCACGCACGACGAAGACCUCAAGAACGCGAAAGAGCGCACGGUGUUUGUGAACGCGGCGGCGUGGCCGAUGGGGAAGUUGGCGUGGAGGGAGGUGAAGGGCGAAGGAGAGACAGAUGACGACGGGGAUGUGAACAUGGGCAACGCGCCGAAGAAAACGAAAACGCCCUUCGGCGGGCCGGGGUUCCAGCCAGUAGUGGUAGAUUUGAAGGACUAGUCCUAAGAUCGAGAAUGUACAGUAACUGUGUAGGAUGGACGGAUUUGUGGCACAAAAUACAAAAGGAUAGCCGUCAUUUCUUUGCGCGUGUACCACCGAAUACGACGCGUGCCCAAUAUCGAUCGUUUGAGUCAAUACCCA